AUGGGGCAGCAGCAAUCAAAAGACGAAUUGUUGUAUCAGCAAGUGAAUUAUGGAAACAUUGAUGGCAUUAAAUUGCUUCGAAAUGAAGGCGCUGGGCUUGAGUGGAUUGAUAGUGAAGGGAAGACUCCACUUAUUAUCGCUUGCAUGAAUCCAGCACUUCACAAUGUUGCCAAAACUUUGAUUGAACUUGGUGCCAAUGUCAAUGCUUACCGUCCAGGUCGCCAUGCAGGGACUCCUUUACAUCAUGCUGCAAAAAGAGGCCUUGAUCAGACUGUGAAGUUGCUUCUUUCACAUGGAGCAAAUGUGUUAGUGAUGAAUGAUGAUUGCCAAACUCCACUUGACAUUGCCAGAGGCAAAGGGUACAGCAACGUUGUUCGCACUAUAGAGGUACAUGUGUGCUUAUUCUCUGGCUGGUUGCGAGAGCUUUAUGGGCCUGGCUUCCUUGAACUUCUUGCUCCUCAACUGCUUUCAAGAAAAGUUUGGGUUGUUGUUUUACCUUGUGGUUCUCGAAAUCUUAGAAAGCCUCUUAAGUUGGAGCUUGCUAUAUAUGCCAGUACACAGGAUGCCCAACCACGAUUAAUUAUUCCACUGUGGAAGGCCAAUCUAGAGGAACCCAACUUCAAUCUGCCUGAUCCAGCAGCUAUCGUGUCUGAUAUUGCAAGCAAGACACGAGUUAAACUUGCAACUGCCAACGAAAGUGACAAACAGCAAUUGCAACGUUUCUGCAAUGCAUGCAAAGGAAUUCCUCAGGUGACACACCCAACCUUUCCUGUCAAUACACAAGUGCCUGCGGUUCAAGCAACUGCACCACCAGCUUGUGAAGAUGAAGAAGUAGCAUUGGCAAUCAAUGCCUCCCUUCAGGCUGCUGCACACGAAAGACCACCAUCUAUUGAUUCUCAUCCAGUUGCAUCCUCUAGUUCGGCCAAUGUAGAUAGCUCGAAUCCCGGGAAUAGUUACAUUUUGGGGGCAUCUAUCACCCACAAGGGAAGUGAUGGGACUCUUCAGGAAGCGGGUCCAAGUGGCAGCCAAGCUCAGCAUAUACAGACACAAAAUAUCAUUCCAUCUGUUGUCCAAUCAACUCUCAAAAACCCGUCCGCCGUCUCCGUCCCAUCAGCUCCACCCGUUGCAGAUGUAGUUACUGACGAUGGCCCGAUCCACUAUCCAUCAAUUGAUUCAAGCCCUGUUGAUUUGUCUUCUGCCGCUGUAGAUGCCUUGCCUGCUAGUCUUGAUGGGAAGAUAGAAGAUAAUGCUGCUUCGUCUUGUACAAUAUGCCUUGAUGCUCCAGUUGAGGGAGCGUGUGAUACGAAUAUAUGCUGUUUAAUUGUUGGAGGAGAUGAAGCUGUUACUGUUUGUAAAUUAUACCGAGUGCCAAGAGCAGAUGGCCAACUGCAGUAUAGUAUCCGUAUCUGUGGCAAAAUAUGA